CGCCCCGCCCACUAUGGGGAGGCAGCGAACGGCACCGGGCAGCCGCUGGAGGCACCGGGCACCGGGCAGGAGCACCGGGGAGGGGUCUCGCCUCUUCUCGCCUCUCACUCGCUGUCGCCGCAGUCUGGGUUUCCCGGCACGCUCUGGUCCGCCCGCCCGCAGGGGGGCGCUGUGAGCCUGCCGGGCCUCGCCCCGCCCGUUCCGCCGCCGCCGCGCCGCUGAGGCCCCGCCGGCGCCCCGGCCCCGUGGGCUGCUCCGCAUCGCUCCGCAGGGCCGGCACCUGUGGGCUGGGCCUCCGCUGCCCCCUCGGGCCGUUGUCCGCGCCCGGGCUGUGUGUCCCGCAGCCCUCCCGACCCCGCUCCCCGCAGCGGCCGCGGGUGAGGCAGCAUGGGGAAGAGCUGCAAGGUGGUUGUGUGCGGCCAGGCCUCCGUCGGGAAAACGUCCAUCCUGGAGCAGCUGCUGUACGGGAACCAUGUGGUUGGCUCCGAGAUGAUCGAGACCCAGGAGGACAUUUACGUGGGCUCCAUCGAGACGGACCGAGGGGUGCGCGAGCAGGUGCCAAGGAGUCCUUCAAGCGCGUGGAGCUCCUCAAGAAGGAGAUUGACAAGUCCAAAGACAAGAAAGAGGUCACCAUCGUGGUUUUGGGGAACAAGUGUGACCUGCAGGAGCAGCGCCGGGUGGACCACGAUGCAGCCCAGCACUGGGCCAAGAGCGAGAAGGUGAAGCUGUGGGAGGUGUCGGUGGCCGACCGGCGCACGCUGAUCGAGCCCUUCAUCUACCUGGCCAGUAAGAUGACGCAGCCGCAAAGCAAGUCUGCUUUUCCCUUGAGUCGCAAGAACAAGGGCAGCGGAUCCAUGGAUGGCUGAGCCUUGUCUUCCCUUCUGUUGCCACCUCCUCUCCCUCACCUCCCCACUUCCCUUGCGCAUACCUCCUGCUGAGCCUGUUUGGUGUCACCAAGCUGGCGGGAAGGUGACACAAGGAACGGGUGUCCUGGGGAUGGUUUUUGAGGGCGGGAGAGGUGACCCGUCUCCCUGCAGUGGCACAGGGACGGCUCUUCUCAGCGCCCAGCCCCUGCAGACGUUGGAGGUGCUCCAGGAACCUCCAGGAACGCGGCACUCGGGCACGGAGCCGUCCCUCUGCGCUGCGGGCGCGGGCUGGCACCGGCGCAGCGAGGGGCUCGCCAGCAGGUGGGGAUCAGCUCCAGGGCUGAGCGCAGCCAGGCCGGAGGAAACAAAGCCCUCUCUCUUUGUGCUGACUCAGAAUCACCACAAGACAAAGGGGCAGGUGGCCCAGUUCUACCCAGGUAAACGUGUUGCCUUCAGCUAGUCUGGAUCUAGGAAAAGAAAAAGAAGUGGCAAGAAAGUUCUGGCUUGUUUAUAUUUGUUCCUUUUAUUUACUGAGUAACACAAUAAAGCAAUGAGAUUUGAUUAUCAAAA